AUGGGUGUAUUGUCAUUCAUGUUGGUCUCUUUCCUUGGUACCCUGCCAAUUGCUGCUGCUGUGCCUCCAUCAUGGAAUUGCACAGUCAAUAUGGGAGUUAUUUUGGAUGCGUCCCCCAGUUUCACUGAGGAGCAAUUUAAAAAGACGAAGGAGUUUAUCAUGGAUCUGGCCAGGAGCAUUGAUUUGGAGUCAGGCGCUUCACGGUUUGGUCUUAUUACCAAUGACAACGAAUAUGCAAAGUUAGAAUUGGCCUUUGAUUUGAGUCGUGGAGGAAAGCAAGAACUUUCUUAUAUUGGUCAGAAGCUCGACGGUGUGGAACAAACAUCAAAAUUCAGUUUAUACAGGGUUCUCAGGAAAGCUGACAGCGUUUUAUUCACCUGGAAAGUGACCAAGGAUGGUAGAGACAAAGUGUUGAUUAUUUUGAGUAAUGGAGGAUAUAAGUCGAAGGUCUACGAAUACAAGCCUUACGUGAAAGCAUUAGAGAAAAAAGGUGUGAAGAUACUUGCUGUUGGAAUCGGAUUGCCGAACAAGCCAAUACAGAAAGAGGAUUUCCUUCCAAUUUUGUCAAACAACGAGAAGAGGCUUUUCGAAGUCAAUGAUUUAAAAGAGCUGCCCAGUCUCUUACCAACCAUAAUGCGUGAGAGUUGCAAAGAAUCCAAGACAUCUACCACAAGACUCUCCAGUUGUAAACUUGACCUCGGUUUGGUGGUGGAUACAACUCAAAGUAUCAAACAAAAGAACAUCAACGAAUUGAAGACAGUUUUGAAAAACCUCGUGCAACAAUUCGAUAUAUCAAACGAUGGAGCCCACAUAGCCCUAGAGACAUUCGGUGACAAAAGCGUAAUCCACAAUCUUUUUGACGAACCAAAAUUUUUUGAAAAAAACUCUCUUACAAAUCUGAUAGACGAAAAAAUCGACAAACUGACAAAACCUACGCGUCUCGAUUUGGCAUUGGAGAAGGCCGACUUAGAACUAUUCACCAGGGAAAAUGGAGACAGACAUGGCGUGCGAAGUGUUAUGGUUUUGUUCACAGACGGAAGGUCUCACCCAAAGGAGACGGAGAAAAAAAAGUACAAGGAACAUUUGAGAAGUAUUAAGAGUAAAGGUGUCCGUGUGGUUGUUUUAGCAAUCGGUCCAGACGCACAAAAGCCAAGUUAUCAAAAGGUGCUGAAAGAGCUCGGGGGAGAAAACGUGCUUUCAGCACAUGACUAUGGGUCACUUGUCGGAGCACUCAGCGAUGUCGUCAAUAUUAUCUGUCGUGAGUUGUAG